AAACGCCCGAAAGCGGAAGUGAUGGAAACAGUCAAAAAGUACGGUUAGGCAAAUUUAAUCGUGCCAACCAAUUUGCAAUAUUAGGACAAAGUUUGAAAUGUGACAAAACCUGUUCCUAUUUUGUUCAAAACAAAGGGGAAGAUGAAAAGCGCGGAAUGUGCGUAGGUCUCUCUCAGUUAGCUACGUUUGAAGCCAAGGAGAACAAGAAGACGCUGCAACGACGCGGAUGUUCACAACAAUUACAAAGCGUUCAAAGAUGAGUUUGUGAUGGUUGCGGAAGUUUUCCUCCAGUUUGUGCCAAAGCCAGCGUACAGUGUUAUUCUGGGUACGUCUCCUUACUCACUUCCAGCCUUUAGCUUAUUGUACUCUUGCAUUUUAGCUUACAGUUACAGAUAAAUUGUUGCACAUGCGCAGUUCAAUUUUCUAGUUUUGUGUUCCGAGGUGAAACUUGGAUCUGCGCCCAGUCUUCCCGCCGCUGCAAGAUCCCAGACCAUUCUCUGGCUUUGUGAUGACUAUGACCGGAAUAGCGUGGUACCAGGAGAAGAUCAGAGCGUAUGACCAACAAGUCUGGGAGAAGUCACUUGAGAAGGCAAACCUAGGCCUGGAAAACAAACCAAAGAAAACGGGUUACAUCAAACCAGACCUCAUCGAUGUUGACUUAGUUAGAGGGUCAACGUUCAGUAAAGCCAAACCGCAGAGUCCAUGGACAGCUUUGGCCCGAAAGGGUCUCGUGCGAGUGCUGCUAUUUCCGUUCUUCUUCAACUGGUGGAUCCAGGUGACCUCCAGGUCCAUCUCCAUAUGUAUCCUCCUGCUGUAUUUAAUGCAAGUUGCAGCGGUGCUGCUGUACCUGGAAGUCCCCAAGGCCAGUGCCAGCGAGACGUUUGGACCCAUGUGCCUCAUGCUGCUGCUGGGCACCGUGCACUGCCAGAUCGUGUCCACUGAGUCCAGCCAAGGGCCCAUGGGGUAUCCGGCUGCCUGCAGCAGUCCUGCACGCAGAAGGAGGCCCCGGAAGGGCAGAAGUUUAAAAAAACCGGAGGACACAAAUGACAGCUGGAACACGGAGACGCAGGGGGUUCAACCGUGUGACAGCCAGCUAGAGGAACGGACGAACAAAAGCCAGUCGGGGUUUGGAGCGUCUGACGAGUUCUCCAGUGAGGAAGAGGAGCAGGAGGAAGGGCCCCAAUCGGUGAAAACGAUUCGACCGUCUCACCUCUGCAACCACCCUGCCAUGAAGGUUUCUGGCUCGUGUUCUUCUGUUCGGAAGCGAAACCUGCCCUCCAGCAUCAAGUCGAGACCUCAAGAAGGGGGCGAAGUGUGCGCCGCAGCCCGUGAGGUGACAAACCACAGGAUUGGAGCGGGCUCCCACCCGGCCUCCGACACGGACGACAACAUGUGGGAGGAGCUUCUCCAGGGGCCGGACAGCGCCUCCACAGGAAGCAGCGACACAGAGGGGGACGAGGGGCUGAACGCCGAGGUGAACUUCUCCCAGAACACCACUCAGAGCAGCGAUGAAGAAACCCCCCAGCAAGGCAUCACCAGUAGCCAGCUGACCUGGUUGCAGGCGUGUCACCCGUCUAAGGACCGGGUCAGCGCCAUCAUAUGGGAGCAGGGCGAAUGCAAGAAAGCAGACCUGUCGGUGUUGGAGAUGAGUGGGAUCAUCCUCAGCAGGGUGAAGAUGGUGGAGCAGGGCUUGGGUUACCUGGUGCUCGGGGGGUUCAUGACCGCCACCCUGGCGCUGCUCCCCUUCGCCUUCCGCCUGGCUCAGCGUCUGGACGUGAGCAGCCUGGGCUCGUACUCGCUGCCGCAGCUGCUGGAGAUAGCGGCGGGAGCGAACGACGCGCAGGCUUACGCCUUUUUCUUCAUCACGACCGUGCAGAGAGUCUGCUUCACCGGCCUCUUCUUCUUCAUGAUGUGCGUGGCUGAGCGGACCUACAAACAGAGACUCUUGUUUGCUAAAUACUUCAGUCAUCUGACUUCUGCGCGCAAAGCCAAGAAAUCCGAGGUUCCUCACUUCCGUCUGAAGAAAGUGCAGAACAUCAAGAUGUGGCUGUCCCUGCGCUCCUUCCUCCGGAGGCGGGGGCCGCAGCGCUCCGUAGACGUCAUCGUUUCCACCAUUUUCCUGUCGGCGCUCUCCGUUUCCGUCAUCGUCUGCGCUCAGCUCCUGCACAGCCCGAAGACCUUCCUGGAGUCGCUGACAAACUGGGAGUGCAUGAUGUGGGGCUCCUCGCUCCUCCUCUUCCUGCUGCGCCUCGCCACGCUGGGCUCAGAGACCAACUCCAAGUACAGCAACUCCUCCGUGCUGCUGACCGAGCAGAUCAAUUUGUACCUGAAGAUGGAGAAGAAGCCCAACAAGAAAGAGCAGCUCAACAUCGUGAACAACGUUCUAAAACUGGCCACCAAGCUGAUGAAGGAGCUGGACACUCCCUUCAGGCUGCUGAGUCUGACCGUCAACCCUCUGAUCUACACCAUGACCAAGGUCGUCAUCCUGUCGGCCGUGUCCGCCGUGGUCAGCAAGCUGCUCGGCUUCAACAUCCGACUGUGGAAGAUUAAGCCUUGACGAGAAGGAAAGCUUCCGCCUGCAGGACUCUGGAGUCCAGAACCCGAAACGCUCUGCAUCUCCUGGAGCGCCGCACAAAGCCGCUGCCGCCGCCGUCUGGACCUCCCAGCCGAGACGCCGGCCCCUCACAGCCCAGAGAGGCUCUGAGCGGCCACUCGGCUGGUUGGGCACCAACGCCUCCGUCAUCCGUGCCACUAACGCCUCUUUAAGAAGUUUGUCUAGAAAAAGCUGCUGUCUGGGAGCGUUUCUGGCUUCUGUGCUUUCAACACUUCUAGAUCUUCAGGAUUCACUUUCUAAAGUUCUCAUUCAAUGUACAGAGUUUACUUAUUCUUUUAUUCUUAGGGAAAGUGUUAAAUAAUUUGUCACAUAAUCAAAAUGGGCUAACAGGUGUAAUUUUAUUUGCUAAAUCUUGGCUUUUGUAUAUUUAAGAGGAAUUAUUAAUUUGUUUUUUUAUUUAUUCUGGGGUCUCCUUCAGUUCUGGGACUUUUUCUGGUACCUGUAAAUAUUGAUCUUUGACCACUAUCUGCCUUUUCUAUCCAGGGUUGAAUAAAUGAUCUAUGCAAAGAUGAUUUUAAAAGAUAAUAAAGAGUUUUACAUUCGCA